AUGUCGGCAACUUCAUGCACUCGAAGCGUUCUGGACGCCGUUGGAAAUACCCCUUGCAUUGAGCUCAAGCAUGUGGUUCCUGAAGGCUGUGCACGUGUUUUCAUCAAACUCGAGGGCCUGAACCCAACCGGCUCUUAUAAAGACCGAAUGGCAUGCUCUGUCAUUGAUGAAGCAGAGCGACGCGGUGAUCUGAAGCCCGGUAUGACGGUCGUCGAAGCCACCGGGGGCAGUACUGGGUCUUCCCUUGCCUUGGUCUGCGCGGUGAAAGGAUAUUCGUUCACUGUGGUAUCGUCAAAUGCGUUCGCAGAAGAAAAGCUGAAGACGAUGGCCGCAUUUGGUGCCCAUGUCGAUAUAGUUCACAGUCCGACAGGAAAGAUAACGCCUGAUCUCAUUCCUUCCAUGCGCGAAAGGGCCAAGGAGUUGUCUCAAGCCAGUGAUCAUUACUACGCAGAUCAAUUCAGUAACCACGACGUCCUUGUCGGAUAUGAAAGUCUCGGCCGUGAAUUGCUGAGCCAAAUACCUGAUGGUAUCGAUGCGUUCUGUGGGGCUGUAGGUGGCGCAGGGAUGGUCAUGGGAGUUGCGAAGAUCUUGAAGUCCCGCAACCCGAAUUGCCAGGUCACUGUCCUCGAACCGGCAUCUGCUCCCGCUAUCACCAAAGGAUAUGGGGGUCAACACUCUAUCGAGGGUAUUGGAAUUGGAUUCCUUCCUCCGGUGUUGGACAAGCAACUUUAUGACGAGGCUCUUGCGAUUGAAGAGGCGGAGGGUCGGGCGAUGGCCCGAAGAUUGGCCCGGGAGGAAGGUAUUCUUGCUGGGACUUCCACUGGCUUAAAUGUGGUUGCUGCAAUUCAGUUAGCAAAGAAACUGGGUCCUGGGAAGAUUCUGGCUACUGUUGCAUGUGACACGGGCUUGAAAUACGUUCGCGGAGAUUUGUAUGAUUAG